AUGGCCACACGUGAUCAGCCAAGCCCGCACCGCUCGCUCACCUCUCGGUGCCACGGGAGGCAGGGUCAGCUCCCAGCACUACCCACCUCACACGCCGCUACCCUCAUCGCGCGCCUGCUUCACUCAUCAGUCGGCGACUUCAUCAUCUUCGCCUCUGUCCUCGUCAGCAAGCUCGCAAACAGCAAGUUCGCAAAUCGCUGGGACGACAGCGGCGGCGGCGGCGCAAACAGCAGCACUAGCGCAGACCCCGCGGCGGGUCCCUCCGCGGCGACCGUCGGGGCGCUCGCGUCGCCCUCGCCGGCGGUCUCGGCGGCGGCGCUCAAGGGCCCUGGGGCGAGCAGCGUCACCGUCACCUGGUGGCUAGUGCCCUCAGAGCUGAAGCUGGAGGAUGUGAUCUUCUCAUUGGUGCUCGAUCUGCUGGGCGCCCUGGGCGCCCUCAACAACCGCACCUCGAUUAUCAGCCUGUUCAUCCUCCUUGAGGCCCUCUGCACGGCGCUCAUCACGCUGUCAGGCGUCUCCCUCUUCCAUUUGUUCCGAAUCUCCCUCCUGGUGGGCGCCUUCUACAUGCGCGCCUCCAUCCUCAUGGCCGCCGCGAUGGACGACGCGGUUCUGAUGCUGCGCCCCCCGCGCCGCGGCGGCGGCUGGACGAGCGGCCCGUACUCGGGCUGGCGCGCCGUGGGUUGGACCACGCGGCAGCCGCCGCCGCAGACAACAGCAGUGGUUGAUGUCGAGGUUCCUGCGGACAAUGUUGCGGAUGGCGGCGGCGGCGCGGCGGGGGCGGCGACGGGCCACGGGCGGGCGGGGGCGGCAGCGGCAGCGGCGGGCGAGGGGACCGCGUCGUCUGAGCGGCAGCAGCGCCGGCAAGACGCGCAGCAGCCGGCGUCGCCGGGGCGCGCGCCGCAGCAGGCGCAGCAGCAGGAGGAAGAGCGGCGUGUGGCGGACGGGUGGCGGCAGUGGUGGCACCAGGGCUGGGGCCCCUACACGCGCCAGCAGCUGCAGCGGCCGGCAGCCGCGAACGGCGACGUGCGUGCAGGCGCCACGAGGGCGGCGGACACAACUUCGCCCUGGCAGGAGCUGGCUCAGCAGCAGGGGCGGGCAGGCGCAGGCGAGCCGGCCAGCCAGCCCGCAGGCCCAGCAGCUGCUUCUGGUCACCCAAACAGCUGA